AUGACGUUCGCACGACCAAAAGCCGAUGCUAAUGGCGAAUUUAUUCAUCAACGAUAUACAGAAUUGAGCGAUGUUAUUCGCGCUAAGAACAAAAUUGAAGAUCGUCUUCUCGGUGUUCGUUUAAAAUUUUAUGAACGUGAAAAGAAAAUGCGAUUAAAUAUAAUACGUCGAGAGAAAUAUCAAUUAGAACGUGCACGUACAACAUUAUGCAAAGAAGUUAAUGAGAUUCAAGUUGAGAAAGAAACAUCUUCCUUACCAUCAUGGCUGCCUCGUCGGCCCAAAUCAGAAAAUCAAACAUUUCAAUUGACGUCACCAGAAGUGUUAGAUACCGAUUGGCUAUUGAAUUCUAGUUUUAUUCAAUCGUCACUCGUUUUAUUAAAUACAGGUCGCAGUAUUCGUCCUCAUACAAGUGGAUAA